UCUUCGUCAAGAUGCCACUGUGUCUCUCUUAAGGUUGCAGAAAGCAGAAUGGACCGAAGUCGAUGACCCCCUGCCUGCCAUGUCUUCAUGACACCAAGAGCCCUUUAGGAUUUCAGUCCACUGUUUCGCAUCCACUAGUUAGCUUGGGGAUUAGGUGGUUGACACUUCUCUUCUGAGUAAUUUGUGAAUAAUGCCGUCAAUACCGGGACAUGAAGAUCAGCGGUCACAUCAUGGUGCACGUGGUGUGUUGCAGUCAACUAUCUACUCACCUUGGUGGCGUGGAGUUGGGAACAGUGCGUCCUUAGGCGAAAGCACAUUGAGGUCAUCUUCACCGGAACAACUAAAAGGUUCUGUUGCAAAUGGAGCGAUACAAUCACAUGCUAAUGAUGGUUCAGAUAGUGGAGUUAACUUCAAUGAAGAUAUACAGAUUGAUGUAGCCGCAGAUUCUGAUGGGAGAAAUGGACAAGAACACCAUGUGAAACACGUUCUGUCAUCUGCACCACUUAUGAUGCGUGAAUGUCUUGAACGAAAUUCCGAAAUGGAACUUGCUGGUCACUCAAUUGUAUAUAAAGAGGAAUCACAGACUCAAGGUUCUCUGAAUUCUCAGGUUUUGACACCAUACCCAUAUUCAAAUCCACAAUAUGGAGGAAUGCUGACUUCUUACGGGCAGCAAGCUAUGGUUCCACCUCAAUUUUAUGGAAUGCAUCAUACCAGAAUGCCUCUGACUUUGAAAUGGGAGAAGAGCCUGUUUUAUGUGAAUGCAAAGCAGUAUCAUGGUAUUUUAAGAAGACGACAAUCACGGGCCAAGGCUGAGCUUGAAAAGAAAGUUAUAAAAGGCCGAAAGCCAUAUCUUCAUGAAUCUCGGCACCUGCAUGCCAUGAAAAGGGCAAGAGGUUGCGGUGGUCGUUUUCUGAACACAAAGAAGCUCAAGAAUAAUGGAGGGACCCCAACAUCAGAGAAGGGCAUGAAUGGAGGUGGAAACCAUUCAACACAUUCUACUACUUUGUUGGGCUUGGAAUGCUUUUCUACUGAUAGCUCUAGAAAAUUGGCUUCAUCAAACAAUCAGCAAGAAGGAAUUGCCUCCACGGUUCAAGAUGGGCAUGAUCUUUUGUCAAUGUACCAUUCAUCUCCUGCCAAUAGCAUGGAAGAAGCACUCUUUGGCCAGCGUAGAGAAAUUAUGCAGGGGAACGGGGUUCCAAAUGGGACCCUGGAAACAAAGUAAUAUGUCCUUGAUGCUACAAGGCCUCUCCAGCAUUGCUUCAUAGGCAAAGCUGGAGGUCCUUUGAUCUUGGGAGGAAACCAUCCUCAAUUGGGCUUCCUGCCGGCAAUUCAUUCUUGGCUUUGGUUACUUUAGAUGGGAAAAUGUGAGGUUGAUUUAAUAUUCUCUUCAUUGGUGGAUUGGUUCCUCCCAUUCACCCCUUUCAAAUUCUUUAUAAUAGUAACAUAAUUUUAAUAGUUAUGAAUUUGCCAUAUAUAUAUUUUUGCAGUUUUAUGAAAUCUCCGGUGGAAGGAGUGUUGUUGACACGAAUUCCUGCAAAAUUUAAAAUUGCGAAAAAGAUUGAAAUAAUUUGUAUUUGAUGUGAAAUUGUGUUUG